AUGGAACUUCAAUAAUAAUAAUAAGAAACAAAAUCAAAAAAAAAUAAAUACAGAAAAGACAAACCUUGGGACAAUGACCCAACCCUUGACAAAUGGAAAAUCGAAGAAUUUAAAAAAGGUGAUAUGCCCUAUACAUUAUCUGAAGAAUCAUCUUUUGCUACAUUAUUCCCAUAAUACAGAGAAAAAUAUAUACAAGAGAGUUUUGGUAAUAUAAAAAAGACACUGAAUGAUUACGGAAUAAAAGCAGAUUUAAACCUUACCGAAGGUUCAAUAACAGUAAGAACAACAAAAAAAACAUGGGAUCCUUACGCAAUAAUAAAAGCAAGAGAUUGUAUAAAAUUACUAGCAAGAUCAGUUCCGUUUUAGCAAGCUUUAAGAGUUAUGGAAGAUGGAGUUUUUUCUGACGUAGUAAAAAUACGAAAUUUAGUAAGAAAUAAAGAAAAAUUUAUCAAAAGAAGGUAAAGAUUAAUUGGACCUAAUGGACAAACAUUAAAAGCUCUCGAAUUAUUGACAGAAUGCUAUAUUAUGGUAUAAGGAAGUACUGUUAGUUGUAUAGGAGGAUGGAAAUAAUUAAAGGUUUUGAGAAGAAUUAUUGAAGAUACAAUGCAUAAUAUCCAUCCAAUUUAUAAUAUUAAAGAAUUAAUGAUUAAAAAAGAACUUAUGAAAGAUGAUAAACUUAAAGAUGAAAACUGGGAUAGAUUCUUGCCAUAGUUUAAAAAAAUUAAUGCUAAGAAAAAAUAAAAAAAAUAAAAAGUUCAAAAAAAGGAAUAUACGCCUUUUCCACCAGAAUAAUAACCAAGAAAAAUAGAUAUUGAGAUUUAAACUGGUGAAUAUUUUUUAAAAGAAAGUGAAAAAAAAUAAAAUAAUUUAAAGUAAAAAAUCAUUAAAUAAGAAAACAAAAUUUAAUAAAAAAUGGACUAAAAAUCGAAACUUUAUGAAGCUCCUGAAAUUAAUAAAGAAAUCGAAAAAGAAAAUUAAAAAAAGAAAAAAAAAGAUUAGUAAUUUACUUAAAAUCAAGAUAUCGAAGAAUUAAAAAACAAGUUUUUGGAUAAAGGAAAAAAGAAAGUUAAAAUUUUUUGA